UUGACAAGAAUCCGCGUGGGUGGUGCUGACCGCCGCUCCUAUUUCUAACACCUGUAUUUAGCAUGUAUGUGAAGUUUGGAUUUUAGCAUGUAUGUGAAGAUUGGAUUUAUUCUUGGCUGUCUGUCCCUCUCUCACAGGAGGUAUGCGGCCCAACACCGUAGCUCUGGGUUUCUUUGACGACACACCGCCACAGGACUGCCUGUCCCAACACCCUGCCUUUAGUGACAGCAAGGAUGCCGCGUGGCUCAAUUUCCCACCCGUGUGGGUUUCGGAAAGCCGCAAGCGCCUGUCCCCCCGCGAGUACGUGGCCGUCAUCGCAGACGCCGUGAAGAUGCAACGCAACGUGCUGCUGGCGCGCUCCUUCCAUGACCUGAAGCUGCCGCAGGAGCUCGGGUGGCGGGCCCAACCCCUCAUCGACGUCUGGCCCAUCAACCUGCUGCGGCCGGACAGCGGGCGCUAUGUGGACACCUGCAGCCUCUUCCUGCUCCAGAUGGCUUGCAUCCUGGCCAUGACCCGCGCCUGGCGCCGGGCCCGCUUGCGGCUCUUCCUCUGCGUGGAGAGCGGCACCCGCCCCCGCAGCCAGGAGGACAAGCUGCAGCAGCUCCUGAAGGACCUGCGCAUCGUGGCCCACAUCCACACGGUGCCGUGGGACAACGUGGUGGCCCUCCACUGGCACAGCCGAAAGGAGGCCACGAACGAGAGCGGCCUCAACUUCCCCGGCAACGUCGCUUGCGUCUCGGACGACUACCUGGGCGCCGUCAAUCGGCUGAUUCGCGAGCAGAACUCGGCUCCCACCGUCCGCUUUCUCUACCUGCCCCGGCCCCCUGCCGAUACCAGCCUUUACCAGCGGUACCUGGAACAAUUGGAGGUGCUCACCCGUGGACUGGGCCCCACCCUCUUGGUGCACGGGGUGAGCGCCGUCACCAGCACAGAACUGUAGCCUGCCGCCAUGAACACAGUCUGUGGACUGUGGUGACUGACUUGCUUGUCACCCGUUGUGACCUAAGGGUGGUAAGUAGCCACUGGGCCUAAAUCAGCUGGAAACAAGCCAAGCUCGGCUCCCUGAUUGGCUUUGCUCAAGUUUGGUCUUUUCCCCUGUGGACCACGUUAGCGGUGAGACCGACUUGGAGAGGUCACACACGUGGCAAAGCCUUCGUGGCCAAAGGUGUUUAUCACAAAGUGUCUUUAACUUGCUGUGUCCCUUGGAGCUGGGAUUCUCUGCCCUCUCCCACAGAGGCGAGUCACAGGAAGACCAGAGGCUCCAAAAUUCAGCCUUGUCACAGAGGAGACUGCUUGGGGUUGGGGGUGGGGUGGGUGGGCCUUGGACACUUUUCAGCGACCACCUUGUGGAAAUGAAAGUAAAAUUAAAGGUGGCACAGUUGGAUCCAAGUGGUCUUUCCCAGUAACUUUGGGGUAUCCCGAAUGGCACGUUAGCGGCAGCCUGCUAACGGCGCCUGUGUUUUAUGGCACAAUCAUUGUUGCAUUCACAGCAUAGCCUGGUCGAGCGAAGAGGUCGCGGACCGGUUCCAGUUUGUUUCCACGGAUGACAGCAAGCAAUAAACCGAACGUUUCUACACUUUUUAA